AAUUGAACCUCAACGUUUCUCGUAAUUACAAAUAGCUCCUCGUUCCUCUUCUCCACCUCCCCUUUCUUUCCUCUCUCCUGCUCUUCGGAUUCACCGAGAACCCCCCAACCCUAGCGCGGAGGGUUCCUCCCAUCUCCCCGAUCUUCUUCCCCACGAAACCCUAACCCUAAACCUAAUUUCUACGAUUCAGGGGACUAAACCUAGUUUCUCCCCCUCUGUGCUCUUCUCUCGUAGUCCUCAAAUCGAUCUUCCGUGUUCGAAACCGAGAAAUUUGGGCUCCUUUCAUGGCUUGGUGAGGGAGAUCGAAGAGGAGGGGGAGAUGUAUAAAGAUCGAGGAGUCGCUGGGGCGAAGGCGGAGAUCGGAUCGUUGGAUCGGAAGAGGAUCAACGACGCCAUGGACAAGAACUUCGAGAAGCCCUCGUCUUCUUCCGCUUCCCGUGGGUUGAAUGGGAAGGAGAAGGAUCGGUUCGUCGUGCCCUCGUCGUCGGCGGGGAAGCACCCGGACCCCCGGGACCCGCGCUCCUCCUCCCUCUCCAAGGACAAGUGCUCCGAAGAUGAAUCUGAAUCUGACAGUGAAGAAUCAGAUCUUAGUGCUUAUGAUGAUGGAGAAGACACAUCGUGGAUAUCAUGGUUCUGUAACUUAAGAGGGAAUGAAUUCUUCUGUGAAGUUGAUGAUGAGUACAUACAAGAUGAUUUCAACCUUUGUGGGCUAAGCAGUCAAGUUCCUUAUUAUGAUUAUGCUCUUGAUCUUAUCUUGGAUGUUGAAUCUUCUCAUGGUGAUAUGUUUACAGAAGAGCAAAAUGAGUUGGUGGAGUCAGCUGCAGAGAUGCUAUAUGGUUUGAUUCAUGUUCGCUACAUUUUAACUAGUAAAGGGAUGGCUGCAAUGCUUGAUAAGUUUAAGAACUAUGAUUUUGGGCGAUGCCCUCGAGUUUACUGCUGCGGCCAACCAUGUCUCCCAGUUGGGCAGUCAGAUAUUCCUCGAUCAAGUACUGUAAAAAUAUACUGUCCCAAAUGUGAAGACAUAUAUUAUCCAAGAUCCAAGUACCAAGGCAAUGUCGACGGAGCUUAUUUUGGAACAACAUUUCCACACCUGUUCCUGAUGACGUACGGGCACCUCAAACCACAGAAGCCUUCACAGCGGUAUAUUCCCAGAGUAUUCGGCUUCAAAAUCCAUAAGCCAUGAGAAGGAAGACCGUAGCUUGCGAGGUGUAGCAAAGACGCGAGAAGAUUAUUGCUCCCUUCUCAUCAUCCUUUAACUUGGUGAAAUGUUUGUAAUGGGCUUAACUUCUUAUGACGAAGCUGCUGUUUCACUUGAUCUUGUUGUACCCGAUGAGUAAGUGUAACUUAUCGUUGCUAUUUAUUAACUUGUACUAGUAGCUAUUUCCCCCCUCCCCCCCCCCUUUUUUUUGUUAUAUUCAUUUUAUCGAAGAUUUCAUGGGCUCCUCAACCUUGCGAUCUUCGUUCUCAAUUAAGAUGCUGUUAUGCUGCCGGCAAAAACUCACGGACGACUCACCAGUUUAUGUAUAAUAAUUGUGAUCUUAGGUGGCGAGAUAUUCCACGUGUAUUGUCUUGAUGAAUGGGUAAUAUUGUUAUGGAUGAAUACGAUUGUUAUGGUGCUCAUUCAUCAAGAUAAUAUCCAUGGAACAUUUCUUCUGACAUGUUUUCGUGCCCA